AUGGAGGAGGUGAUGGAGGAGGUGAUGGAGGAGGUGAUGAAGGAGGUGAUGGAGGAGGUGAUGGAGGAGGAGAUGGAGGAGGUGAUGGAGGAGGAGGUGAUGGAGGAGGUGAUGGAGGAGGUAAUGGAGGAGGUGAUGGAGGAGGUGAUGGAGGAGGUGAUGGAGGAGGAGAUGGAGGAGGUGAUGGAGGAGGAGGUGAUGGAGGAGGUGAUGGAGGAGGUAAUGGAGGAGGUGAUGGAGGAGGUGAUGGAGGAGGUGAUGAGGAGGUGA